AUGGGUCGUCUUCACUCCAACGGAAAGGGAAUAUCUGCCUCGGCUCUCCCCUACAGCCGCAACCCCCCCUCGUGGCUCAAGACCACCCCCGAGCAGGUCGUCGAGCAGAUCUGCAAGCUGGCCAAGAAGGGUGCCACCCCUUCCCAGAUUGGUGUUGUCCUGCGUGAUAGCCACGGCAUUGCCCAGGUCAAGGUCGUCACUGGUAACAAGAUCCUGCGCAUCCUCAAGUCCAGCGGCCUCGCCCCCGAUAUCCCUGAGGACCUGUACAUGUUGAUCAAGAAGGCCGUUGCCGUCCGCAAGCAUCUUGAGCGCAACCGCAAGGACAAGGACUCCAAGUUCCGCCUGAUUCUGAUCGAGUCCCGUAUUCACCGUCUGGCCCGCUACUACAAGACCGUCGGUGUCCUGCCUCCCACCUGGCGCUACGAGGCCGCCACCGCGUCCACCCUCGUCUCCUAAGCAUUCCCAUGUCGUGGUGCUUGGUGAUCGACAGACAGGUCGUGGAAGGAAGGGAUUUUGGCUGCUGGUUUUCAUCAUGCUAUCGACCAUGAUGGAGGACUUCUCUCGGUAUGGAGUUUGGGCGGACUGGUAAAAACUUGAUAUAGCAUGACAAUGCAUUUCACGAUGGUUACUUGCGCAGAUACUUGAGGAAUCCAUGGCAGUUCAACCCUUCAAC